CACGCACGUGCAAAGAACUCAAUAGGCGCCCAGCGCGAUUUAACAGAUAGCCACACCCUUUCCUGUAUAUUAGAUACGCCCACCGAGUUGCGGCAGGACAUCAACUAGCGCAAAGCAUUUUGGGAGUCUGCUCUCUUUAAGAUGGCUGCCGCAGGGCAUCAUGGGAGCUCCUUUAGUUGCCCUAAAUGGACGCAAAGCCUGUUGGGAUCCCACUUCUUUGACACUAUGUGGGGGGGUGUUGGAUUAGCCAGCACAAUUAAGGUCAAGGCAAACUUGUCUUAUCCUGAAAUAGCCUGCCAGGACUAAGAUCAUGGCAACUAUAUGUGAACUUUAUAGGUGGGGAACCUUUGGACAAGAAGUAGCCAUUUCACCUUUGUAUGACAAUGUUUUAAUUGACUCCCAAGCCCUUGAAGCUUAGUGGGCUCCAAAUCAGAGCAGUGUUUUUUUUAAAAAAAAAUUCUGCCACUGAACCCAAUACAAGAAGAUGGUCUGAUGGAUCCCAGAGUAUCCUUGAAUGACUUAUAAUCUACACCAAGCUUAGUGCUUCUUGCAAGCCUGCGUAGCUGGCGUAUUUGGAUAUUCAGCCUGCCUUGGUAAUGCUUUUUUGAAGAGUAUGGAUCCCACAACCUGCCAGCAGCCACAGAUAGCAAUUCCCUCUGGCCAGUCUCUUCAUGGCUCUCUUCUUUCGGGGAGCAUGGGUUGGAACCACACAAUAUCCUCCAGCUGGCAGUCGGUGCCCCACAGAAUACCAUGGAUAAGGCAGGGCCAAAGAUUGGUGAACUUCGCUGGUGUGCAGCGAGCCCGCUGCCGAGCAAGAUCCAUCGCUAUCAAACGCCACCUGGAGAGCGGAGAUCAGGAACCCAGCUCCAAACAUUUCCUUUCAGAGGACAAGAUGGCUGCCCGCUUCAAUUCUCUCAGUCUGGACAAUGACCACAUCUACGGUUCCAAUGGCUUCCCUAUCCAGGAUGAAGACUCCACAUGGCAAGAGGCGUACCUGCGGCUGAAAGAACUGCAGCGGAGGCUGUCUCAAGAUGGAACAACUGAAGAAACAGGUUCAACAGAUGAGGAGAAUGAGCUCAACAGUGUCAUUGUGGAUGGGGAAUUCCUUAUGGCAGAUUGCCCCAUGCUGACACAUCCUUCCCACUUACAGGAAGUACUCGGAGGGGUCAGUCUUGUACCUGAAGAGACGUUUCUCUCUCUGAACCCUUGCACAGAAGUUGUCCUCUGGAGCCCACCUGGCAACUCAGUCCUGCACACCAUCCGGACACUGAUGGCUGUCCCAUCUUCCCUGAGUCCUUCCACACAGCCUCAGCAGGAUGUAGGGCUGACACAAGAGGAAAUGGAAAUAUGAGCUUUUGCCUCUCCUGUUCGGCUUCCUUUUGAAGCCAGACUCAUUUCUCUCCAGCUGGCCUAUCUGACUCUCAGCAUAUGGCACCACUUAUCCAACCUGUUGCAUUUCACACCAGGAUUGGGAUACCUAAUGUUUUCAGCUGAUUGCAAUAAUCUGAUCCUCUCUCCAUUACUAGUUGCACACAUUGAAACAGUUGCAUUAUGCUUUACAUUGUCCUCUAUUGCUAUUUUCUCUUCCAGUAGGAAUCUAGCCAAUACUACUAGGAAGUGUGAGGGUGGUGUCAGAAGGUGCUAGAACUUAACUUGCAAUAGGUAUUUUUAAAUUUUCAAUUUCAGAAUGACUUUCUAACCUCUUUUAUAGUGGAAAAAAUCCUUAUCACAGCAGUCAGAUGUUAACUUCCAUCCAACGGAGUAAAAGCUGUAUUUUCCCCCUUGUGAUCCUUUUACUCAAAAAAAGUCAUCCAAGCUUUUGGUCCAUGUAGCCGAUAGCCAAGUGCUGUUUCAAAUGGCUUUAAGAAACAGCAUCAUGACCAGUUUUUCCUUCAGCAAGCACCUAAGAGUGGCAGCGGUCAGUCUUGGGAGGAAAUAAAAGCAGCAGAGGUGA